ACAAGUCGGACUGGUGAUUUUUCUGUUCGGUUCAUAUUUUAAUUAACAGCAAACAGGUGUGCGGUUCCUGCCUUAUUUCACCCGGGCUUUGAACACGAAAAGAGUCCAAAUUUCCAACUGGGAUUCACCUGUUCGCAACUUUGAAACAACUUGUGGGGUUUAGGAUGUUGGUGUGGUUUUGUAUUGUCGUUUGUGCUUCGGCCGGUCGGUUUGUGACGGCUGGACAAGUGAUGGUGGGUCAGCCUCACCGUGUCCCAGCAAACAACACCAAAGUUUUGACGGCAGCACGGUUUGCUGUGGUUGAAUUCAACAGAGCCAACGCUGAGGACCAGUUCGCUUACAAAAUUGUGAAGAUAAAAUCGGCCAAAAUUCAGGUUGUAGCGGGAAUAAACUACAUCCUGGAUGUGAAGCUGAGACGUACAAUGUGCAAGAAAAGCGACACGGCUGACAGUCAACAAUGUGUUUACCACUCUGAACCCAAGGAGCUUCAGUGCCUCUUCAUCGUUACAGAAAUCUCCUGGGAAGAUUCACUUGUACUUGCUCAAAAGAAGUGUCACCUACAAAACUAUGCUGCCAAGUAAAUAAUUAUCAUUUGA